UGUGUGUGUGUGUGUGUGUGUGCCCUAGAGGACGGGGCUUUCAGUCUUUUUAUGAAUGGAGAUGUCUGGCCUCUCAGGGCUGAAUCUCUCUCUGCCUCUUAUUCAGGCUCUCUUUUUCUGUCCUUUGGGCUCUGUGCCCCUUACUCUGUAUUCCCCAUCUCUGCACUUAGCCCCUCCCUCUGUGCUUCUUUUUAUGUUUCCACCACUACCCCUCCCUGGUUAGCCAACAUCUCUGUAUCAUCUCUAUGCAGCUCUCUCCCUUGCUUCUGGAUUUUCCUACAUCUCGCUGUAUCUCCCUAGUCUCAUCGCCAACCCCUUAUGUGCCCCCCCCCAUGUUCCCUCUCUUCUCUUCCGGUUCCCCUGCAUCUCAGUCCCCUCCAUCCUCUUUCCUUAUCUGUUUUCCGUUUCCUAUGUCCUUCACCUCUGGUACACCUAGCCCCCUGAUUUUUCCUUAUUUCUGUGUCCCCGAACUCUGUUCACUCCCCUUCUCCCCUCUUAUCUAUACCCCCUCCAUCAGUAUCUUUCCUCUUUUUUGGAUCAGUGUGUAGACCUGUCCUUCAUCCCUGUGCCCUCAUCUGUCUCAUCUCUCCCUGUAUCCUAUUGUCUCUCCUUUUCACCUCCAUUUACUAUCCCCUUUAUGUUUGUUCCCCACCUGUCACCUUACUUCCUGUCUCCCCAGCUCUCUGCCUCAUCUUUUUCCUGCCUGUCCCCAUCAGAUGUCCCCAGCCUCUCUACCUUGUCUCUGUCCUCCAUAUUUCCGUGCCCCCAUCUGUUUGCCUGCUUCCGAGUCCCUCAUCUCUUUCUCAUCUAUAACCCCAAUCUGUGUUCCUCGUAUCUUUCUUCCCUCUUCUAUCUAUGCCCUGUCUCUCUAUCCCUCAUCUCCUUGGGUCCUGUCUCUGUACCCCACUUCUCUGCCACCCUUGUUUCUAUUUCUCACUGAUUCUGUCUCCCAUCUCUCUGUAUCCCUGUGUUUGUCCCUUUUUCUCACUCAUUUCUGGAACUCCCUUGUUGAUCUGUGGUCUGUCCCUCCCCAUUCUAUAUUCUCUCUUAUCUCCUUGUCUCUGUGAACCCCAUCUCUGUUUCCCCUACAUAUCCUCUGUCUCUGACUCCAGUUUUUAUGUCUCCUAUCUGUAUCCCUAUUUUUUCUGUCCCCUCUCCUGCCUUUGUCCUUCUGUUCCCUCUCUCUCUCUCUUCUUUUUGUGUCAAUUUCUGUUCCCCCCUUUUUCUGUGUGUCUCGUGUUCUCUGUGUUCCUCAUCUCUGCCUGUCCCUGCUUUUGCCUUUAUCCCCUUCAUUUCCCAGUGACCCCAAGCCUCUUUCCAUUCUCUUUGUCCACAUCUCCCUGAUCUCUCUGUAUUCUUUAUCUGUCCUCUUGUCUCUCCAUAUCCCUUCUUGGGUUGCCCUUUCUUUGUCCCUUUCAUUCCUUAGUAUCCCACUACUCCUCUGAGUCCCCUUCAAAUUUCUGAAUCCUUCCUCUUUUCUGUUUUCUUUCUGUAUCAGUUUAUCCCUCCUGUGUUCCCCUUUCUCUCUCUACUAUCUCCCUAUUUCUCCUCCAUAGCACACAUUCUCUAGGUUCCCUCUUUCUUAUCUUCCUGUCUAUGUCCCUUUCUCCCUACUUUCCUGUCUCCUCUAUAUUCCCUUCAUUUCUGUGACCUCUUGGUCUCUAUAUCCCCACCUUAUCUCUGAAUCCCAUCUCUGUUUCCCUCAUGUUUCUGAUUCCUCUUUCUCCCCCCUUUCUCUAUGAUUUCCAUCUCCUUGUGUCCUCUUGUCUAUCACUAUGUCCCCUGAACUCUUUUGGGGUUCCUUUUGCUUAUGAAUAUCUCCUCCUAUCUCUCUGCCCUUUUGAUAUCUCCUUUCUCCUUUGUGUCCUUUGACCAUAUCCCCUAUCUCUUAGUUUCAAGACUCGGCUCUCCAUGGUUUCUUUUCCUUCUAUGUUCCAGCUGUGUUUCUGUGCCCCCGUCCCUCUCUGGGUCCUCAAUUCUCUGGUCUUCAUGUCUCUGUGUCCUCUCUGUCUCUUCAUCCCCCAUCAAAUCUAUUAUCCUGCCUCAAUGUCCUUUCUCUUUUCCCUCCUGAUAUCUAUCUCCACCUUAAUUUUAUGUAUGUCCUUUAUUUAUAUAUUUACCCCUAUUCCUAUUUCUCUUGUUUAUCUGUAAUUCCCCUUUAUUUUUGAUACUGAGUACCCCUUGUCUAUCUAUGUCCUUCUUCAUUUAUCUGCCCCAAUAUCAUCUAUACCCUCCAUCUUUCUGUAUCCCCAGCCUCUGCCUGUCUCUCUAUCUUCCAUCACUCUUUAGUGACAUCUCGUAUGUCUCUGUCUCUCCCAUCUUUGUGUGUUUUCCAUCUUAUCUUUUGGUAACACCCUGUAAUUUUCUGUAUCUCCCUGUCCCUCUGGGGAUCCUUUGUUCUCUCUCUCUCUACCACAUGUCCUGUCUCUUAUUCCACCUGUUUCUGUGCAACCCCCAUCUCUCCUCUUUCAUUUCUCUGUGGCCACUUCAUCUCUGUGUUCCUUAUUUCUGUGACCUCCUAUCUCUAGACUUCCCAUCACUCUUUGUUCCUCUCCCUUUCUCUGUGGUUUUCCAUCUCCAUCCCUCUCCUUGGGUCUCUGGAGUCCCAUCUCUCCGUAAAUAACUUUGUGUUUUCAUUUUGAGUUCUUUCUAUCUUUCUCCAUUAUCCACUUCACCUCUAUGUCCCCAUCUAUCUGAAAUCCUUUCCUGUAUGCUCCCCCUUUUCUCCUGGUCAUCCUAUUCCUGUAUCCCCAAAAUGUCUAUGGCCCUAGCUUUCUCUGAAUCCUCCUUGUUUAAUGUCUUUCUAAAGCAGUGGUUCUCAACCUUUCUAAUGCCGUGACCCCACAAUACAGUUCCUCAUGUUGCGGUGACCCCAAACCAAAAAAUUAUUUUGGUGGCUACUUCAAAACUGUCGUUUUGCUACAGUUAUGAUUCGGAAUGUAAAUACCUGAUAUGUAUUAUGUAUUCUCAUUGCUACAAAUUGAGAGGUUGAGAACCGCUGUUCUAGAGCAUCCUAGCUCUCUAUAUCCCCCUUCCCUCUUUGUGUUCCUAUGUCAUUCCUUUGCUGUUUUCUAUUUCUUAUUCAAUCUUAUUCAUUCACUUGUGUCUCUCUCUCUUUGUAUUCUUUUCUCCAUGUCUCCCCUCUUGUUUCUCUGAGAUCCCUCUCUGACUCCCAUUUUUUGUCUCUCUGUUUCCCUCAUCUCUCUGUGUGACCUCUUUUGUCCUGUCCCUCUAGUUUCCCUCCCCAUAUCUUUGUGUCCCCAAACUCACUAUGAAGGCCUGACUUCCUAUUCCUCCUCUCUGUGUCCUCCUAGAUCAUCUUCUGGAUACGCCUUGCUUUUUUCUAUGCCCUCCUGUCUCAUUCUUUGGACUCCUUGUUUUUCCACAUCCCUUUGUCCGACCCCAUUGUUCUGGGUCUUCUCACAUUUCUAUAUCUCCCUGAAUGUUCCCACUAUCUCUCCAUAUAUCUGUCACCUGUUUGUGUGCCCAUGUCUCUGAACUUCCUACUUGUCUCUGUGUCCCCAUCUUUUUGUCAUUACUUUGUGUUUGUUUCCCCCACUUCACUGUGUUCCCCUUUGUUGUGUGUCCUUUCUCCUUGCCAUUGUCCCUCCCCCAUGUCCUCCCUAUUUCUCUAUCACUCACUUCUGUCUCUCUUGUCUCUAUGUCUCUCUUUGUUCCCUGCCUUAUCUUUUUUUCAUUCUUUCUUUCUGUCUCUUUGUCUGUUCUGGGUCUGAUUUCUCUCUCUCUCUCCCCUCUCUUUUUUCUAUAGUCAUCUCUGCACAUCUCCAUCUCUUCCUGUCUUUCUUUCUCUGUUUCUUUGUUGGCCCCUUUUCUCUAUACCUCUCUUGCAUCCCAUUCCCUCUCUAUGUCAUCCUUUCCUCUCUUGGUCUCUCUGUCUCUGACUUUCUUUUUCCUAAUUCCUUCCUUCCUUUCAGUGACAACUUGUCUAGUCCAUUCCCUGUCCUUGGUCCUGCUCCCUAUUUUCUUGUCUGUCUCUUUUCUCCCCCUGACCCCAGUUUUUUUUUGGGGGGGUUGGUUUGGUUUUGGUUUGUUGUGGGGUUUUUGUAUCUCCAAGCCAUUGGCCUCUAGGUUAGGAGUAGGAGAAUGACUGGGUUUGUGAUUCCAUCUUAUGCAUACAUUUGGAUUACUCAGCUUUAUUCAAAAAAUCUGGAAAGGGCAAGGGGAGAGAGUGCAGGGCCUGGAUCCUUCCUGUGACCUGGAAACUGGGGAGCUAUGAAAGAAGCUGUCCUCUCUCUCCAAAACAUUCAACUUUGUCUCCUAUCCCCUCAUCUAUAAACAUACUUAUUUUGUGAGAGUGACUGGCAGUAGUUUACUGUUCUCUAUAUUAACUUCACAUGUGUGGAUUCUGGAAUUAUGUGACUGGGUCUCUGUGAGUCACUGUGUGUGCCUUGCCACACUUAGUACAGUUCCUGGCACAUAUUAAACUCUUAAUAAAUGCUGGUUGAGCAUUUGGCUUUGUGGGGUGCCUAUGCACAGAACAGUGAAGGGAGUCCUGUAGUGCAUUUAUGUUUGCAUUAUACCUCUGCUAUUGAAGAACUGUGGGACAUUAAGGAGACAGAAAGAGAGGGGAGAGAGAGAGAGAGAGAGAGAGAGAGAGAGAGAGAGAGAGAGAGAGAGAGAGAGAGAGAGAGAGAGAGAGAGAAAUGGACAACAUAUGGACAGACAGAUAAGUAGAGAGAAAAAUAGAUGGACAGAUGGAAAGAUAGACAAAUAAAUAGAGACAGAUAGAUGUGUGUGAGAGGUAUAUAGGUAUGUAUAAACAGACAGAUAAGUAGAUAGGUAGACUGUCAGAUCAAUAGAUAAAUAGCUAGAUAGGUAGACAGGGAGAGAGAGGUGGGUAGGUAGGUAAAUAGAUAAGUAGAUAAAUGGGUAAAUAGAUGAGAGACAAAUAGAUCAAUAGAUAAGUAGGUAGGUAGACAGAAAGGGGGAGAGAGAUAGACAGAUGGGUGGGUGGAUGGGUGGAUAGAUAUAGAUAGAUAGAUGGAUGGAUGGAUAGAUAGAUAUAGAUAGAUAGAUAGAUAGAUAGAUAGAUAGAUAGAUGAAUGGAUAGAUGGAUAGAUAGAUAGAUAGAUAGAUAGAUAGAUAGAUAGAUAGAUAGAUAGAUGAAUGGAUAGAUAGAUAGAUAGAUAGAUAGAUAGAUAGAUAGAUAGAUAGAUAGAUAGAUAGAUGGAUGGAUAGAUGGAUAGAUAGAUAGGUGAAUGGAUAGAUAGAUAGAUAGAUAGAUAGAUGAAUAGAUAGAUAGAUAGAUAGAUAGAUAGAUAGAUAGAUAGAUAGAUAGAUAGAUAGAUAGAUAGAUGGAUAGAUAGAUAGAUAGAUAGAUAGAUAGAUAGAUGGAUAGAUAGAUGGAUAGAUAGAUAGAUAGAUAGAUGAAUGGAUAGAUAGAUAGAUAGAUAGAUAGAUAGAUAGAUAGAUAGAUAGAUAGAUAGAUAGAUAGAUAGGCAAGAUUUACUAUAUUUACUAUGCUAGGCACUGUGUUAUGCUCUGGAUUUACAGAAAUAAAAAGAAAAAUAGUGCUCAAGGAGCUAAUAGAUAUAUAAUUGAGAAUAUACUAUAUAUAUUGAGAUGAGCACUAUCAUUGGAUGCAAGGAAAGAAGCAAGCAUUUAGUAAUCACCUACUACUAUAUGCCAUGCAUUUUACAAAUAUCUCAUUUUUCUCAGUGAUCAGUAAGAUGUAAUAAAUGUGCCUAUGAAUCAGCUAAGUGGCACAGUGAAUAAAACUCUGGAACUUGGCUUCAGGCAGACAAGUUCAAAUCCUGCUUCAAGCAGUUUCAAGUUGUAUUACCCUGAGCAAGUCACUUAACCUCUCUCAGACUCAGUUUUCUCACCUCCAAAAGCAGAGAAAUAAUAGCACCUCCCUCCCAAAGUUGUGAGAAUCAAAUGAGAUUAAAUGUAAACUUAAUAUACAUAAGGAUAUAUACCAUAAUGUAAAAAUGAUGUAAUUGUAUGUCACCGGUACUGUGAUUCCAUGUCUUUGUGCUUAUUACCCUGUGUGUGUGUUGGUCAGGUGUGGGGUGGGCUCAGGGGUUGACCUGUGUCUCUUGGCCUGAUUGAGUGUAUCUCUCACUGGGCCUGUGUGUUCAGGGGAGUGGGGAAGGCCAGGACUUUGGGAUGUUAUGACAGCAAGCAGGGAAGGACAGAAGCAGAGCAGGCACAAGGCAUACCUAGCAUGGACCUGUGGGCUGGAUGUGCAAAUAGCAGGAGUGGGGGUUAUUGUCUAGAGAAGAUUCUGAGCUCUCCUGGUAGGCCCUCACCCACAAAGCAAAGCCCUGCAUGCCACAGAGGUGGAAAUUUCUUGUGGUCCAAAAUAUGUCUUAUUUUUUUGUCAGUCAUUUGAUAAUCAUUUGUGUUUUGAGUGAUAAAAGGUAUCAUUCCCAAAGCACCUGAAUCUUUACAAGCAAUAAUAGUUAGCUUUUCUAUAACACUUUAAGGUUUGCAAAACACUUUACAAAUAUUAUUUCAUUUGAUCUUCACAACACUCGGAGGUUGGAUGCCAUUAUUAUAUCCAUUUUACAGAUGAGGAAACUGAAGCAGACAGCUAGUGAGGCUGGAUUUGAACCCAGAUCUUCCUGACUCUUACAUCCAGUGUUUUGUCUGUUAUGUCACCUAGCUGCCUCAUUUAAAGUCCUCUCACCACAUCCCUGGGAAAGAUAUCUUGGGCAUUAUUACCCCCAUUUUGCUAGUAAGAGAACCAAAGGCUGGAGAAGUCAAGAACUUUCCCCAAGCCCCUACAGCUAGGAAGUUGCAGAACCAGAUUUGCAUCCAGUUUCCUAACUCUAAAUCCAACUAUUUCCUCCAUCCCUUGUUACUUUCCCCUGUUAUAUAGCCUAGGCCCCUUCGUGUACAAUAUAGGCUCCCCAAAUUCCUCCUCUAAUGGAAGGGAACAGGGGAGGGGAGUGAAGUGAUUGGAUUCAGGUGAAAUUUGCACUAAAUGAGGAUUAGAAAAAAGGAAUAGGGAGAUGAGAGCUGACAGGGAGGGGAUGGAAGAGAAAGGUCCAGGGUGAUGAGGGACUGAUGAGAAGGGAAGUAAUGUGUUGGGGGACAUUUCAAAGGUGGAAGAGAGAGGAUAAGAGUCAAAUGGAUGUUGGAAGUCAAUAGAAUGAGAUAGAGAAGAGGAAGAAGGACACAGGAUGGGUUGGAGGAAAAGAAAGGGGAGGAACAGAAAAAGAGAGGUAGAAACUGAAGUGCACAGGAAAAAGGAAAGAUGAAAGUAAUGACAAGAUAGGAGGUAGAUUGUAGCUCUGAGCUCCCAUAUACAUAAGCAGGAAGAACAAAAAGAAUUCAUUUUGCAAACAUUUCUUCAGUGCUAUCAUCUGACUUAGAAUUAAUACUGUGUAUUGGUUCUAAGGCAGAAGAGUGGUGAGGUAGGCAACGGGAGUUCAGUGACUUGCCCAGGGUCACCCAGCUAGGAAGUGUCUGAGGCCAGAUUGGAACCCAGGACCUUACUUCUCUAGGCAUGGCUCUCAAUCCACUGAACCACCUAGCUCCCCCUGCAUUAAUAGUGUUCCGAAUGGGGAGUAAGGAAGUCCUGGGUUCAAGACCAGCCUCCGACCUUGAGGGAGUCACUGCUCAUCUCUAUAAAAAGUAGGGGGUUAAAUUAAAUUGACUUUAGGGUCCCUGUCAGCUCCAAAUCUAUGGUCCUCUGUUUGCCUUGGGAUAUCUUUGUGGGAAACAAUGAGACCACAGGUAGGGAAAGACUAGGUUGAAGGGGACAGGAUGGGUGUAAUGAGUCAAAAGGAGGGCAGUGGAAAGACACAUAGAAGAUAGACAGCCAAUCAUUAAACAUUUAUUAAGUACCUACUGUAUGUCAGGCACUGUAUGAGGAGAUAGAAAGGCAGAAGAUGGUCCUUGCCCUUCAGGCGCUUACAGUCCAGUGGGAGGGACAACAUUCAAACAACUAUGUACAAACAAGAUAUAGACAGGAUAAAUAGGGGGUAAUGACCAGGAGAAGCCAUUAGCAUUAAAGAGUUUUUAGAAAAGCUUCCUGUAGAACGUGGGACUGUGCCUUGGACCUGAAGAAAGCCAGAAGGUAGAGAAUUCCAGGCACUGGGGACAGCCAGCAAAAAUGUUUGGAGUAUUUUGUUUAAGGAACAAUGGGAGCUAGUGGGGCUUGAACACAGAGCAGUUGGUAAAGAAGGAAGAGGAGGAGGAGGAGAAAAGAAAGGAAGAAGGAGGAGGAGGAGAAAAGAGAGGAAGGAGGAGGAGGAGGAAGAGAAGGAGGAGGAAGAGAAGGAGGAGAAAGAGGAGUGGAAGUGGAAAUAGAAGGGCAGGCAGGGAGGAUGGUAGAAAUACCCUUCCCCACCAACCUUCUGUCCCCUCUCUCCACCACCACAUGGUUCUGGUUGGAUCAGUAAUGACCGGCAGAGCUGACCCCAGCAGGGGCUAGAUGCCAGUGGAUGCCAAGGGUCUGAGGCAUACGGGAAGGAGAGCUGGAGAGGAGGGUUCCUGGGGACUAAAAGGGUGGCUGAUGAAGUUGAUCUCUGGGACGGAGCUGAGUGUGUCCAGAAGCUGGAAUGAUGAUGUGGCAUGUUUGAAGUCUUUGAUUGACGUUAUUGUCGAGAUUAUAGCUUGUAUGAUAUUGUGGGCUUGGGGGAUUGUAUUUAACUCUGGUUAGAGUGCUUUAUGUUUUUCAUUGUAGUUUUUAAUUUUAAUAACAAUUUGCCACAUCAGUUUUCUGAAAUUAAAUCAUCCAAAUUGUCUCCCUCCUGGAGCUGGCCAGCAAUUCAAUCUGGGUUCUAUGUGGAUUAUCACACAGAACCUCUUUCCGUAUUAUUCCUUUUUGUAAGCAAAUACUCUCAUAGAAACAUAUAGUAGGGGGCAGCUGGGUAGCUCAGUGGAUUGAGAGCCAGGCCUAGAGACGGGAGGUCCUAGGUUCAAAUCUGGCCUCAGACACUUCCCAGUUGUGUGACCCUGGGCAAGUCACUUGACCCCCAUUGCCUAGCCCUUACCACUCUUUCUGCCUUGGAGCCAAUACACAGUAUUGACUCCAAGACAGAAGGUAAGGGUUUAAAAAAAAAAAAAGAAACAUAUAGUAAUGUGGAGCCUUUUAGGGAUGUGUCUGGGAGGUCAGGGAGACACCUGGAUUUAGAGUUUUGGAUGGCAGAUGGCAGAAACAUUGGAAUAUGUUUUUGAUGGGCCAGAAGAACAUAUCUGAAAUACUUGUGACCUGUUGGGGGAGAAUAUAUUUAGAAGCAAUAUGGUCUAAUGGGUAGAGAGUUGGUGCAUUGAAGGCCUGCAUUCAAGUCCCACCUCUGGCCCAUCCUGGCUGUGUGAUCCUGGGCAAGUCACUUGACACUGGCAGUUCAUAAAGACUCUAAGAUCCUGGCGGAGACGAACGCUCUCCAGAGAAGCAUGCAGACUGCCCUAGCAGACAUGGUCCAAGGCUCUCUCUCCUCAUCCUCUUCCUCUUCUUCCAACACCUCCCAGGAGCCCCCAGAUGCCCUCUACACCCACAAGACACACCGGGUCAGUCAAUCUUCUUCCAGCUCCAUCCGCCAGGAGGGGAGGCCCCCGGGGCCAACUAUAGUCACUAGCAAGUCAGGUUUGGGCCCUGCCAUGACCACCCCACACUGGCCUUCCCCCACCCAGAGUCCCCCACAGCUCCAGCAACUUCAGCCUUUCAGGCCGGAGCCCCCAGGAGCCAUGCCAGGCUGGGUGGGCCGUGGCUAUGAAGAUUACCGGAGAGCCGGCCCGCCCCCGGUACCCCUAGCCGUGUCCUGCGUGGUGCGCUUCGACAAAGUCGAUAGUACAUCGCCCCCCGGCCAGGCCGCGAGCCCCACGGUGCCACGGAGGCUCCACGGGGCUGUGAGCCCCACGGCGUCUCCACCCCCGGCUCCGGCCGUGCUCCCGGCCAAGGGCUCGCCCUCUUGCCGAAUGAGCGCAGGCUUCGUGGAGGAAGCGGCAUCGGCUGGCGCUGCGCGCUGUGUGCACUGCCGGGCUCUAUUCCGUAGGGGCUCAGAUGGGCGAGGGGGACACUGCCCCGAGGCUCCAGACCCUGGGGGCCGUCUGGUGCGCCGCCUCAGCUGCCUCUGGUGCGCCGAGAGCCUUCUUUACCACUGCCUGUCUGACGCGGAGGGAGAUUUCUCGGACCCGUGUGCCUGUGAGCCCGGCCACCCGCGCCCAGUUGCACGCUGGGCAGCCUUGGCUGCGCUGUCCCUGGCGGUGCCCUGCCUCUGCUGCUACCCGCCCUUGCGUGCCUGCCACUGGGCCGCUGUGCGCUGUAGCUGCCCGGGCUGUGGAGGUCAACACGAGGCUGCCCGGUGAGUGAGGCCUCGGGGCCGCGAUGGGGCGGCCCCCCCUCCCGCAGUGUGCUGCUGCUGCCCUUGGAGCCUGGCCUGGGCAGCCAGAGCUGGGAGCCCCAGAGACAAAAGCCAGGAACCCAGAGCUCCAAUCCUGGCUUUCCUCCACCAAGGCUACCCCCUGGAAUACCAUCCUGACCCUUCCCCCCCCCAGCAGCUUGUGUCCCCACUGCUCCCCACCCCUGCGGACUCUGGUCUUCUCUCCCAGAAAGCUCAGUGGACAAUGGGGGCCUUAAGGACCUGCCACUUCCCCCAUCUCUGGGGGCAUCCCUUCUGCCUCUCUCCCAGACCCUGCUCCUCUGAACUGAAUCUCUCCAUCCAACCCCCAGCCUAUGGUCUCUCCACAAACAGCUAGAGGAGACAAGGGGUAUUUGUCUCCCCACCUCUCCUUACUUUCCCUGGUUCCAGAGUCUCCCAUGCUCCAGGCACUAGAGGGAGUGAGACUGUGUCCCAUUCGGGGGUGGGAAGGUCCACCCAACCCAAGAACCACUGCUCUUACUCUCCCAGGCCAGGGCCUUAUUGCUGCAGAAAUAAUGAUGCAGAAGGAGAGGAGCUAAAGAAGAAGCUUUGCCCCUCUUCCUGCUUCCAUUCCUCCCAAAGUUUGGUCUCAGACCUUUGCCCUCCCCAUUUCAGCACCUUUGUCACUACUUUAAAUUAAUGAUCUCUCCUUCCUUAAUUAGCCCAGAGUAACUGUGGAUCUGAUUUCUCUUCUGGUCCACUGGGGGGUGGGGAGAACUCCAGGAGCAGGGAGACCUGAGUCCCACCUCUCCCCACCACCCUUCUCCUUCUCUGUGCCUCGGUCUCCUCUUUCCGUGGAGAAGGGAAAAUUUCUACACUUCACCUACCUCGUUUUUUAAAGGGGGGGAGAGAUGUGUGUGCUGUAAGGUGCUCUGGGAUUAAUUUAUAAGGAUAGGUAGGACUCUCUCUCUCUCUCUCUCUCUCUGUCUCUCUCUCUCUCUGUCUCUCUCUCUCUCUCUCUCUCUCUCUCUGUCUCUCUCUCUCUCCCUCCCUCUCCCUCUCUCUCCCUCUCUCUCUCUCUCUCUCCCUCCCUCCCUCCCUCCCUCUCUCCCUCCCUCCCUCUCUCUCUCUCUCUCCUCUCUCCCCUGAAGCUCCCCAGGUCUCAGUUCCCCUGCCUUAACCCACCUGUCAUACAUGACACUCCCAUCCCUUCUAGGCUUAAGCAGAUUUAGGACCCAGGAAGUGGAUCCAAAUUCUUUUCUCUGUUCAGGCCCUAGAAGGAACCAGAGAUUGGAGCCCAAGGCCCUUCCCCAUUUCUAUCUCCCCAUGCCAGGAAUGGGACAUCCAAGCCUGGACCUGUCUUUUUUGGUUUGGCGCCUUAAUAGUGUACCUUUUCCAUGGGGCAAAGCUGUAGGAAGCAAGAGGAGAGUAGCAUCUGGGUAUCUUUUUCUCUAGCCUCAGUUUCCCCUUCCCUUUCCCUACCUUCCAUUCCCACACCCCCAGGAAUUGAAGAAAACCUGAGGGAGGCCCAAGAUAAUGCUUCAAAGUGUUUGUUACUAAAUCACUAGAAGACUGGCUUUGCUUUUGCUUAUUUAUUUUUAUGCCUAGUAGGAUAGAGAGGUCUUCAUCUGGCUAGGGGAGGAGGAGGAGGAAUCCUCUAGACUAGGAGAACCCUCUAAAAUUUGGGAGUGCACGCUAGGAACCAGCCCUCCAGGAUGUCCAAGGACAGUUGAAGGAAAUCUCACCUGGGCCCUGUAGGACACAAAGUUCUGGGAGACAGGAUGACAGACCCUUGAGUUGGAAGAGGCUUCAGAAGUCACAUGUUUCAAGCACUCCCUUUCACAGAGGAGACAGUAGAGGCCCAGAGAAAAAGGGAUCUGUCCAAAAUCACACAACAGGGCAAAGCCCAGGAAUAGGUAGCUGUGUGUCCCAGUGACCAAGAGUGCUGGUUCUGGCCUUGGAAAACAUCUGUGUUCAGCUCCAGCCUCAGACAUUUUAUAGUCAUGUGAUCGGAGCAAGUCCCUUAACCUCUCUCAGCCUCCCUUUGCAGGUCUGUAGAAUGGGCGUUAUAACAGCAUCUUCCUCGGAAUUGUUGGAUGAGAUGUUGCAUUAAAGCGCUCUUUAAAAGCUA